AUGGAUCGUGUUCAGUUACCUUCUGCUGAUAUGUGGCGACAAGCAGUAAAGACAAUAGAGAAGGCGCGUGCAGAGCAGCAGAAGCUGCAGCAGCAGCAGCAAGCUGCUGCUGCUGCUGCUGCUGGCAGUAGCACUAAGGCAGCAGCAGCAGCCGCUGCUGCUGCAGCAGCAGCAAGCACAGCACCAGCAAAGAAGAAGAAUAAGAAUAUUAAGACUACUUCCUUAGGAGACACAAUAGGAAGAAUACAUACAGGGAGGGCAGACAUGCAGCAACUGCAGCAGCUGCAGUCCCCUAUGAUAGCUAAGCUGCAUAAGCAGCAGCAGCAACCGCUGCAGCAACAACAACAGCAGCAGCAACAGCAGCAACAGCAGCAAUAG